CGCCCGAGAACCUGAGUAUUUGUCUGUGGUACAUGGCCGGUGCGCAACGAACUGUAGAAUUUGCCGGUAUCGAAAAAAGCAACCUUACUAAAGAGCUGGAAGUUUCUUCUGAGUCAUAUAAGUUCUUCGAACACAAAGCUACCCAACCGCUCAGCACAAAGCUCUCUUAGCCUUACAGCCACAUGUUCUAUUUGUAUAGAAGCCACGAAGGUUACCGAUAUUUUUUUUUUACAAACACGAUAUCGCGAGAUUCAGCUGCGCUCUUUAUUACUGUGAAGCCAAACAGGGGUACUGAAUAGCCGCUUCCCUUGAAUGAUUGCGCGUCGUUUCUGUGACGGUCCGUCAUAUAUCUAUCAAGGUUUUAUAAAGGUGACCGCGACCCGAACUUGCGAAAUGUUGACGUAAAUUGUGGCUAACUAGAUUUUGCCUACUAAAGCAUUUUUUUAUUAAUGUAGACCUCCAGAUAUACUUUCAUAUCACCUUCAUGUACAUAUACCGCUUUCUGAGGCACAUGCAUUACUGCGAGUGAACGCACUGAGCCUGCAUUGAUAUCACCUUCAGGUACUUAUAGCACCUUCUAAGCCACUCGCAAUAUCGCGAGAGAACCCACCGAUGCAUUGGAAAUAUUGAAUUCCAACUUAACCGUCUCCUUAGGAAUCAAGACAUAUUCGCAUAGCCGCAGAUCUCGCUGCGUUACCAUUCAAGAUGCGGACGCCAGCUUUGCUAAUCUGUGUCAGCAUAGUCACCUCUCAGGGUCUGGCUGAUGAAAUCAACGGCCCAGGUUGCGGUGUCACAAGACCUAUCGGCAGGAUAUACAAUGGCAACAAAAUUGGCCGAAUUUACAUGCCUUGGAUGGUUCACAUCAAGGCAAGCUUCAUGAUUACCCUUAGUCCUACCAGUUCUAGACUCGAAACUCACAACUGCGGUGGCAGCAUCUUAUCCCCCCGGUUUAUACUAACGGCCGCGCAAUGCGUGGGCACAGGAAAUCACCGAGCGGUCGAUGUUUCCGUCUCUUACAAUACCACGCACCUGCGGAAAGGAUCCUAUCCUCCAGUGGAAGACUUCAAAGCGCACCCCGAUUACGGCAAAUGCCGGAACGGAUACGACAUAGCACUUAUAAAGCUGAAGGAGCCACUUGACUUCGACCAAUUUGUCAGACCCAUAUGCUUACCCACACAUCAAGUGCAUCUGACCAACAAGGAUGCGUUCGUUGCUGGAUGGGGAUUGACCAGCGAGGUUACUAUACCACAGUGGAUCCACUACUUCAAAACAAAAAUUGUGCCAUUUCAUUACUGCCGGAGGGCGUAUGCUGCCUUGCUGAAGGAGGACGCUGCGGGAAGUGCGGAGCUCGUUUGCACACAAGCCGAAUACCAAUCCAUAUGUUACGGUGACGCGGGUGGGCCGUUGACGAUCUGGCAAGGAAAGCGCCAAAGAUACUUGCAAGUCGGGAUAGUAUCCUUCGGUGACAUGUCGGGUAGAUGCUCUAAUCUGCACAGCCUGAAUGGAUUCACCCGCGUGUCCUACUUCGUGCCUUGGAUCCGUAGGAUGGUACAGGAAGAAUGGGGAACCUCGGAAGAGGACAGUAGUAGUGACUACAAAUAAGGAUGUGAUGCGGAAUUUCGUGAUACGUGUCUUGACGCUUCGUGUAUUCGGAAAACUUAAAUAAACAUGACUGCAGUGAUCAA